CUCCCAGAAGCCUCCGGGACUCAGCUCUGUUCACGGAGGCGGCUGGUCCUUCAGGGAACCGCAGUCUGGGCUGAAAGGCUUCCAGGCGGCUCUGUUCCAGACCAGGAGGCUCCAAAAGGGGACAGUGAUCACCAGGCCUGGGAGAGGAACCCUGCCUAACAGCCUCCUCGCCCGAUUUCAGAAAGCUGCCGCCACUCUCCGGGACUACGUUUCCCAGGGGCCCUUGCACCGGAAGGGCACGCCCACUUCCGGCAACGGCUUGAAGUCCGGGCACCAGCGAGUCUGGCAGUUCCUGAGGAGAAAACCUGGGCGGGGCGGCGGCUGUGACUGGGCUCAGGUCCUGGAGAGGCGCCGAGAGGGCGGCGUUCGGGUCCGCGCCCGUGGCUGGGUGGGGGCGGGCGUCAUGGACGUGCGACUGCGGCCUGAAGUGCGUGGUGUGUGUGUGACCGGGAAGAGGAAGCAGGUCCGUGUGUGAAUGGGGGUUCUGAGAUGCGGCUGGUGGGGCGCGGAGGAGGGCAGUGUCUGUCUGGGACCUUUGUGCGUGUCUUUUGCGCACUUCGCACGUCUCAGCAGCAUGUGAGAGGCGGCGUGUGUUGCAGUGAGUGAAUGAUAUUACGUGGCUGAGACUUGGAAACAUCACCAGAAAAGAACCUCUUCGUCCCCCCUCUCCUACGCGCGCGCGCGCGCGCACACACACACACACACACACACCCGACUCCACCGCCAGGAGCCCAGUGUGGAACAAAGCCCUGGAGUCCUAGGAAGGUGCCUGGUUGGGGGGGCGCGGCUGAAGCAUCUCUUGCCUGCCCCACAUGGAGGGUGUGGAAGCCGGGACACUGCACACGACCAUGGGACUGAGUACGGAGCUGUGCCCUCUCAGGGUAAAGCCCUUCUCCAGAUGGGGAGCCAGGAAGAGGAGGAGGUGAUAGGAAUUGAAGCCAUGUCCCUGGAUUCAGUGACUUUCACGGAUAUAGCCAUAGACUUCUCCCACGAUGAAUGGGAGUGGCUGAAUCUUGCUCAGAGGACUUUGUACAAGAAGGUGAUGAUAGAGAACUAUAGGAGCCUGGUUUCACUGGGUCUUUGCAUUUCUAAACCAGAUGUGAUCUCCUUACUGGAGCAAGAUAAAGAGCCUUGGAUGAUGGAAGAGGUGACGAGAGGCCUGUGCCCUGACUUGGAGUAUGUGUGGAUGACAAAGGAAUUAUCUCCAAACCAGGAUAUCUGUGAGGAAAAGUUAUCCCAGGCAGUGGUAAUGGAAAAGCUUGAAAGCUAUGACCUUGAAUGUUCCACCUUAGGGGAAAACAGGAAUUGUGAAGACCUGUUUGAGAAGGAGCUGGUAAGUCAGAAGACACAUCUUAGGCAAGAAUCAGCCACUCAUAUAGAUACCCUUAUUGAGCAAGGGGACCACUCUAACAAAGCUGGGACAGGUUUUCGUCUGAGUACAUUAUCUUAUAUAAAACAGGUAUUUCCCAUUGAAGAGAGAAUGUAUAAUUUUGACACAGAUAAGAAAAGCUUAAAAACACAUUCCUUUGUUAAAACACACAAGCAAGUCUAUGGAGAAAAGAAACUUUUGAAAUGUAGUGACUGUGAGAAAACUUUCAGCAAAAUCUCAACUCUGACUCUUCAUCAGAGAAUUCAUACUGGAGAGAAACCCUAUGAAUGUAUUGAAUGCAGGAAAGCUUUCAGCCAGAGUGCCCACCUUGCUCAACAUCAGAGAAUCCACACAGGAGAGAAGCCCUUCGAAUGCGCUGCGUGUGGGAAAGCCUUCAGCCAGAAUGCUCAUCUCGCCCAACACCAGAGAGUCCAUACCGGAGAGAAACCCUAUCAGUGUAGGCAGUGUCCCAAAGCCUUCAGCCAGCUGGCACAUCUCACCCAGCACCAGAGAGUCCAUACUGGAGAGAAACCCUAUGAGUGUAGUGAAUGUGGGAAGGCCUUUAGUGACUGUUCCUCCCUGGCUCAUCAUCGAAGGAUCCACACUGGGAAGAGACCCUAUGCGUGUACUGACUGUGGGAAAGCGUUCAGGCAGAACGCUUCUCUCCUACGUCAUCGGAGGUACUGUCACACCGGAGAGAAGCCCUUCGACUGUGUUGAUUGUGGGAAAGCCUUCACGGAUCACAUUGGGCUGAUUCAGCAUAAGAGAGUUCACACUGGGGAGAGGCCGUACAAAUGCAGUGCGUGUGGGAAGGCUUUCGGCCACGGCUCCUCCCUGACCGUCCAUCAGCGGAUUCACACAGGGGAGAAACCUUAUGGAUGCAGCACCUGUGAGAAAACCUUCAGCCAUCGUGGCUCGCUCAUGCUUCAUCAGCGCGUGCAUACUGGAGAGAAACCCUACAAGUGUAAGGAGUGUGGGAAGGCGUUUCGGCAGAGCACGCACCUCUCCCACCAUCAGAGAAUUCAUACUGGGGAGAAGCCCUACGAGUGUAAGGACUGCAGCAAGACCUUCAGCCAGAACGCACACCUUGCACAGCAUCGGAAAAUACACACCGGAGAGAAGCCGUAUGACUGUAAGGAGUGCAGCAAGGCCUUCAGCCAGGUUGCACACCUCGUUCAGCACCAGAGAGUUCAUACUGGCGAGAGGCCUUACGGAUGUGCCGAGUGCGGGAAGGCCUUCAGCGACGGCUCCUACCUUGUUCAGCAUCAGAGGCUCCACACCGGCAAGAGGCCAUAUGAGUGUCUGGAGUGUGGGAAGGCAUUCAGACAGAGGGCAUCUCUGAUCUGUCACCAGAGGUGUCACACAGGUGAGAAACCUUAUGAAUGCAGCGUCUGUGGGAAGGCCUUCAGCCACCGUAAAUCUCUGACUCUGCAUGAGAGGAUUCACACAGGAGAGAAACCUUAUGAGUGCAAGGAAUGCAGCAAAGCCUUCAGCCAGGUUGCUCACCUGACGCUGCAUAAGAGAAUCCAUACUGGAGAAAGGCCCUAUGAAUGUAAAGCGUGCGGGAAAGCCUUCAGGCAGAGUGUACACCUUGGUCACCAUCAGAGAGUUCAUACCGGAGAGUCACCCUCAGUUGUUCCCUCCCCCUCACCCACAUACCACCGAGUCCUCUAGAUUCAGUCCUCUCCAUACCUCUAGGCUCCACCCCCCUUUUCCCAACCCAUGUUUCAAGAUCAUAGUCCAAGAUGCAACCAUCUCAUUUGGAUUUCUGCAGAGUAUUAUAACCAUUCCCCCCCUUACUUCCCUCAGGUGCACUUUUAUCACUGUAGCCAGCUUAAUCUUUUAGAAAUAAAAACUACCGUGGGGAGGGUAUAGCUCAGUGGUAGGGAGCGUGCUUAGCAUGCACGAGGUUGUGGGUUCCAUCCCCAGUACCUUGGUUAAAAAUAAAUACAUAAACCUAAUUACCCACCCCCCCCAAAAUAAAAAUUGUAUUCAUGUUACUUUCCCAUUUAGAACACUUAUUUUUAAGAAUAUGUAAGACAAUCCACUUAAACCGCUUAGCACACAGUUCUACACCUAGUGCAUUAAGACGAAGGUUUCCUUGCAGUGAUGUUCAGCUGUAAGUAAAAUGAGCUGGCAGGUCCAGACUAAGAAACACACAGGUUUUAGAGUAGACAGAGAGCUCUUUACUCUCCCAGGAGGUAGGAAAGAUGAGCACGUUCAGAACUGAGAGGUUCUGCGACACACAGGGCAACACGGUGGCUUGCACUCGCUCUCUGUGAGUAAAUACGAGGGUGUCCAGCACUGCUGAUGGGGAGCUCUCACCCUCACCGGGCACUCAGCAGUGAGAACAGGCCGGCUAGAACAAAAGCGUUCCAUAGAGUGUGGGGCUAGCCAGGUGGUAGUAUUUAAAAUGAACAAGCCAGGAAAACUGUACAGGUUAACAGCCAUGAAAUAAACUGAAGAAGGUAGUUCAACUCCUUCACCUGUAGAAAAGCACCACAGAUGGUUCCUUUGAUACUCAAUUUUUCUACAGCAUAAAAUAAAAACAGUAAAACAUCCCAUCUUGUUCUGAGACUGACAAGACUGACACGAAAACACAAAAACAUAUAUACUGCAAUUAGCUAUGAAUGUAGGUGUUAAGUUGAACAUUUUUUAAAUAUUAGAAAAUAGAGUAAAUAGAAGGCUGGACACGUCUCUGCGCAGACAGGCUCAGUCUGGCAAAGAUGUUUCUAUUAAGGUUAAAUGUGUAAAUUUGCUGAGAGUCCAGUAAAAGUCCCCAUACCUUUUUAAAUUGACAAGCUCAUGUUGACCAUCUAUGGAAUCGUGAUACGGCAAGGACUGUACAUAGUACUGCCUUGGGAGGCCGUAGUCCCUCAGUAAACUGACAUGAACCGAGCAUUAAUGUGCCAGGCACUGUUCCUGGUGCUGGGGAUACAGCAAGGUGCAAAAUGUACAAAAAUGUUUGUCCUCACAGAUCCUGAAGGAGAAGACAGACAAAAAUCUGAAAUGCGUGCUGUGCAAUAAGUACAUGAGGUGUCCCGUGCUGAGAAAUGAUGUAGAGAGAGAGCCAGGGAGUGCUGGGAGGGGCGCAUGCAGGCGCCUGGAGGACAUCUGGGUGGCAGAGCCAGGGGAUGAGGGAAGAACAGGAGAGAACUGUCAGAGACAAAGGCCAGGAUGAGGCUCGUCUCGGCCACCCCAGGGCAGGUAAUACGCUGCCCUGAGUGUUGCCGGAGAACGGACGGUUUAACAAGGACCACGAACGUUCUGUUUUCUCUUCAUCUGUCAUGAUUUAGAGGGUGGUGGUGGAGGUUUUCUUUCUUUUUGGGAAACAGUCUUACUGAGAUAUAAUUCACAUACCAUACAACUCGCCCAUUUAAAGUUUAUGAUUCAGUGACUUUCAGUACAUUCGGAGUUGUGCAACCACCACCACAGUUAGUUUUAGAAUGUUUUCAUCACCCAGAAAGAGGUGUGGGUAGGGGGAGUACAGCUUAAUUGGGAGAGCUCAGGCCUAUUUAGCAUGCACAAGUUCCGGGUUCAGUCCUCAGUACCCCCUCUAGAAAUAAAAUAAAUAAGUAAACCGAAUUACCUCCCCUCCCAAUUAAAAAAAAUUUUAAAAUGAAUAAAAAACGAAGAUUUAAAUGUAUGAUAUUAAAGUACAAGAAAAACACAGUAUUUCUCUAACCCUGGCUUGAGGCAGACCUUCUCAAGCAUUACACAUGAUGCAGGAGCUGACAUUAAGCUGAGUAACAUUUUUGUGUGGAAAACGUCAAAGUUAGCAGAUGAGAGACUGGAAAAAGAUGUUUGCAACAAAUACGACAAAGGGCAGUAUUCUCUGAUGUUCAAAGCACUGUUACAAAGCAGUAAUAGUAACAUCUACAGCUCGGUAGAGAAAUGGACAAAGCUAACGGCCAGUUUAAAGAAGAUGGAAUAAAAACAGCUGAUGAAAAUUACCCACCAGCAUUAGUAAUCAGGAAAUGGAACAUAAAAUGAUGACAUAGCUGCUUCCCCGCCAAUUAGACUGUUUUUAAAUGAUCGAAGACUGAUUAUGCCCAGUUUUGGUGAAUGUGUGAAAAACAAGGCAAUUCCAUUGUCCUUUAUUUAGAUUGCUGUAUGUAUAGACCAUUUGAAUCAAUAUUCCACAGAUACCAAAGUGCACAAAGGUAGGUAAAUGUAUAAUGGCAAAAAAAUUUUUUUUAAUGAUAAACUCUUAGGAACUUAGGGUAAUGGGUAAAUGGGUAAGUUAAUUAUGUUGAACUCAUUCAGUAGAAUUAUAUGCAGCUGUUGAAAAAAAAGUAUACAGCCAUAAAAGAUACUAUACUAAAUGAAAAAAAUUUUUUUCAGACCUGUAUUCUAGUGUAAACUCAUAAUUGCAAUAUCAAAACUUUUAAAAACGUGGGGUUUGUGUGUGUGUGUGUGUGUGUUUUCUCUGCCCAAUUUUCCUUGCCUUCUUUAGACUACACUGUCUCUUCUUUUCCUUUGAGUAACUGGCCGCCCCCUCUUACAGUCCUAAGGGACUCGGACACUCCAGCCCUGUCUGGGGCUUUCAGUUGGCUCUGUGUCGGCCAAAGGCCGUUCCCUAAAGGGAUGGUGCUGGUGUCCUCACAGUUGUCAUCUUCGGAGCAACCAUAGUUUUUGUUCUUUGUAAGGCUGCAGAUUUCUCAAACGACCCAUUAUCCCUUCAGUACUUCCUUUUCUGCGUGUGUUGCUCAUUUCCGCUUGCAGUUAAAGAAACUUGACCAAAUCAAGAGUUUGGGAUGAAGAUUGUGUCGUAGGCAGCAGCAUCUUUGAAGGACUGGAGGCGUUAGGGAUUGGUGUCUGGGUCGCAUGGGGCAAGUAAGAGCCCCGUUCAUCUUCUAGCUCAUGGAGUACAGCGGGCAGACCACACCCAAGCGGAACUGUUAGCUGUAGGCACCUGAGGUGACUGGAGGUCGGGGGUCCUCGGUAAUGACAGUUUCGAGAGGAAGAGGACUGCCAAGUCCUAAAGAGCGUGUAUGGUGCUGGUAUCUAACUGCUCUGGGUAACUUAGAACUCAGAUCUUGAACUUCCGGCAACUGAGGGUCUCGGUAUGAUAUUGUUGAAAGAUGUCUUUUACUGUUUGAAGUCAUAGGGUUAAGAUUGCUUAAAACCAAAUUGAGAGACUUUGUUGAUGUGUUGCUAAAGCAGGAUGCCGGUUAAACCCCGCAUUUUAUUGUGGAGUGGUUGUUACUGUCCGAAUCGUAUCCCUCCCACCCCCAGAUCCACUUGUUGAAGCCCUAAACCCCAGUGUGACUGUGUUUGGAGGGAUGCGGCUUUGGCGAGGAAAUGAAGGUUAAAUGAAGUGAGAAGGCUGGGCCCCCUCUGAUUGAACUGGUAUCCUUCUAAGAAGAGGGAGAGACCAGGGCUACUAGAGAGGAGAUACGGUGACAACUGACAAGUGUUUCCUGCAGUUUAUCCCAGAAGGACUGACCUUGACCUUUACAGGAAGGUGGUCCGGAGGUGACAGGGAGGCAUGUGUGUUCAGUUGAGGGAAUCAGCGUUUCCAGAUUACAGCGGGAAGAACUCCCACUGCCCACUCCAGCUGCGGCCUUCGCAGGAAGUGUCUGUGCUCCUGGUAUCCAAGGAGCUUGGAACUCAGAGUGCAUGUACCUCAUAGAACGUUCUGGAAAUACUCCUCCUAAGGGCAAUGAGUGGUCAUUUGUGGGCUGCUGUUCUUGUUACAAACCUUUUUGAAUACAGUUCCUCAAAGGAGACAGUCUGAUUUACAAACAAUCCAGAGUAGCUCACAUUGGGACUAGCACCCUUGAGGAUUUCUUCCUACCUGAUAUUCUUGAGGUUCUAGUUAAUAUCAUUAUUGUCAUUUUAAAUUACAGUGUUUUCAGAGGAAAUAAGAGACUUUAAUCAAGUUCUAUGUAAUUCUAAAGGGAAGGUGAUCAAAAGAGAGAAAAUGUGCCUUAAUAGUGGCUUAAAAUGAAUGUUAACAUUGAAAAGUCAAAUGAUCUAGAAAGUACAUUGUUUUGAAAACUCUAAAACAGAUGUAAGGCUUUCCUGGGGGUCAGUAAAAAUCGGUUAUGUAAACUUAUCUGUUGAAAUUAUUUAUUUUAAAAUA